UCUUCCUUUAUCAUUUUACACCUCUUCAACUUCUAUCUCUUAGUUUAAUUUUCCGUCCUUCCCUUGUUAAUCUUUGAUGGGUGUGGUUGAUUUCGGAAUUUGACCCAAAACCCAUUUCUUUUUGUUGGUAAUCUAUAUCUGAGGGGUACUGAUUUUGCUCUAUGCUUAUCUCUCAUUAAAAAAAAAAGCUUCUUCCUUUGAAUCUUGAUUUCUGAAUAUCUGUAUGUUCAUGUUUCACAUUAAUGUUUCCAGUUCUCAGUGAAAUCCUUCGUUCCGGGUUUAUGAUCAAUUCCUCCUUCAGGCGCAGGACCCACUUGGUUCAAUCUUUCUCUGUUGUGUUUCUCUACUGGUUCUAUGUUUUUUCGUUAAUCUCCACUUUUAUGUCACAUAUUAUUAUGUAACUUAGUGAUAAGUAUAUGUCCAAGUCAGGUGUAUAUUGUUAGCGUUUCGGGGUCCUGCGUCUUUAUUAGGUUUAAUUUUUCAUCUUAGUUUUUGCAACUGGAAUAAAUAAAUAAAUUAAUAAAUUCCCACGAGACAGUCUCUCUUUUUUGGGUCUCGGUGUAAUAUUUCAUGGCCUCAUCAAGUGGAAACUCCUCCACGUCCACCAAAAUUCAGAGCUCAGGCUCUGAGGAAGAAUUGCAGGUUCUGAUUGAUGAUGAAAGGAGGAACAAGAGAAAGCAAUCAAAUAGAGAAUCAGCAAGAAGAUCUCGGAUGCGGAAGCAGAAUCACUUGGAUGAUUUAACGAAGCAGGUGUCACAGCUCACAAAGGACAACAGGGAAAUUCUGACGAGCAUAAACAUCACCACACAACACUAUCUGAAUGUUGAGGCAGAGAAUUCGGUUCUGAGGGCCCAGAUGGGAGAGCUUAGCCAAAGGCUUCAGUCACUGAAUGAUAUCAUCAACAUCAUCAACAACACAACCACCACCGGGUCCUAUGAAAGGGAUUGUUAUCUAACAAGUGCACAAAAUUUCAUGAAUAUGCACUGCCUUAACCAACCCAUUUUUCAAUGGUGAAUUUUCUCGGACAAAAGAAGUAAAAUUGUGUGUCCAUUGUUUGGUUGGUGGUACUUUGUUCUCUUGGAGUUGCUUCUUGGUGGAGUCAAUGAGUUAGUAAAAAACUACAUAUUGGUACAGUUCUUAGGGUGGGGCAAUAUUAAGUGGGAUAUACAUAAUCAGAACUAGUGAAGUGCUUAAUGAAAAUGACAUGGUGCCCUGCUCCUUUGUGUUAGGUCAUUAGUACUAAUCACUCUUGUCCAAUAUUGUGGAAAAAGAGAUUUCGGUGAGAGUGUCUAGUGCAGUUUAUAUAUGUUGUUAGUGUAUCUAUGGUGUGUAAUGUGUUUGCUUUUAACAAGGGACUUGUUAUUGUUACUUUUCAUUUUAUUUAUAUAGUAUGUAUGUUACUAUUGAAUUAUUACUCGACGAUUAUUUGAUAUUUUAAAUUCAAU